CAAAUGAACAUAAUUGGUUGUUGCUUGUAGAUCCAACCAAUCAUAUUCAAUUGCUCGAUAAGCAUGCCUAGUCGUUUUGUCGUCUUGAACUCGCCCAAUCUGUCAUUUCUCGCUUCUGACGUCACGAUUUCAACAUGGCCGCGGCGACUACUCAUGCUAAUAUUUUCUCUAUUGUCGCUUGAUUUACGACAUGGAAGAUAUAGAACGUUUUAUAAAAGUUGUACAACAGAAGAGGUUUGCUAAUCAUCGCAAAUUAGAAUGUUUCGACGUAGAGCCUAAUGAACAUAGGAAAUUAAUAAAGGAAUUGCGAGACUUGAGAAAGGAGAGAGAACAAUGCAAGGAAAACAUCACAAAACAUCUCAAUAUGAUUACGUCACAUAAACACUCUGUACAUAAGAUAGUACACUCUACAAGCAAUAUUUCAGGCUUACCUGUAUCACACGAUUAUGCACAAAAUAUGACAACAAUGUUUAUUGAAGCAAUUGAAUUCUUGAAUAAUGUAGGAGAUAUUCACAAAGCACUCAAUAACGUUAAAGAAAAUAAUGUAGAGCCUUCAAAAUUAAUUCAAGAUGUGACAAUGUGCACAGAAGUUGUAGGAAACAAAUUAUAUCAAACAAAGUGCAGUAUUGCUCAGUUGGAAACAUUAAAGGAAAAUAUAGUGAUGCUCCAACAUCUCUUAGAUAGUAGUAAUAUUAUUGAAGAUGGAAGUAUAGAUUCAACUAACAAUAAUGAAUCAACAGAUAGCAGUUCAACUAUUACGUAAUAAAUAUAUUAAUACGUGCAUU